ACCCUCAGAUGCGUCUUGUCAGCUGGAUUUUUCAACAGGAAGAAGAACAUCAGGAAACGUCAGCAAACAGAAAUGGCUACAGGAGUGGAUCAAGCAGUUGGCAUGAGUCUAGUUGUCUUCAGCCUCCUGCUGUUUACAUACUACUCUGUCUGGGUCAUUAUUCUGCCUUUCGUGGACAGUGAUCAUGUACUGCAUAAAUAUUUUCUUCCUCGGGAGUACUCAGUCAUCCUGCCUGGUAUUGCAGCAGUAAUACUGCUCCUCUGUAUAGGGACCUUCACUGCAGUGAUAAUGUGGAAGAAUCGUAAGCCAAAGAAAGUGGACUGAUCUCAGGAUGUUUGUGUGACUGCUGUGGAUUGAAGUGUAAAAUUUGCCAUGAUGCUAAACCCUCUCUGUUGGCCCUACAAGUAAAAUCAUACCUCCAUUCUCUGACAAUGGUUACUGAACAGCCACUUACAGAAAUCUGUUUUUCGAAAAGGAAAUUUCCGGAGAUUUGUUUUAGAUUUUGAUUCCGUUAUCAGUUCAGUUCAAGAUGAUAAGUAGAAAUCAGCUACUGUCGGUUAAAGCUACUAUUUGUGAAAUUUUAAAAUCUUCAACUUCAGUGCCCCUGAGUGGGAGUAAAGAAAAACACACUAAGAGUGAAUUUUCUGAAAGCAAAACUCAGACUGCAACAGUGACAAUAACUUUAAAGAUCACGCAAAAAGAUUUGACACCUAGUAACUUAGCUUUGUCCAAAGCUUUUGAGGUUGCUCAGUGAAUCAGUUUCUGCAGACUGUUCUGCAGUGUUUAGAUCUGUCGCUGUGUUAUGUCCUCUAGUAGGCAGUGGACAGUGUUAACAGGAAUUCAUUAGCUGAUGGUUUAUAUUAAUGCUAUAUUUAAUAAACCAAAAGGAUUUCAUUAGGAUCCAGUGGAUAAUCCAGCUACUGCAAAUUGAGAGCUUGUGUCAGUAUCUUCAACUCAGUGGACUGAUGUCACUCUUACGUGUUCAGUUCAUAUCGGCCCAAAUUUAAGACCACCCUGAUUAUAAGAAGACACCCCCUGUGGCAGUUACACAUGUUACAUGAGCUGUGGGAAACUCCUGCACGUUUGACUGAGCUCACUAAACACUGUGAGAGCUGAUUAACCCUACAAGAUGCACUUACAGUCCUGCGGACUUGAGGGAACUGGUUAGCUCAGCAAGAUUAAAGGGAAACCACACCCAUUUUCAAAAUACAUAAAUAUCAUGCUAACAGUCUGAUUAAGUCCAGAAAUAUCAGUAAACAUGAUCAGCUCUCUCCCAAAUCCAAAAACUAGAGUGCUAAAACUAGAUGGGAUGUUCUAGAUGACACUGAGAGCACCCAAAGGAAUGUUGUGAGUACAUGGGAACAUUUUCUUUGUCAGAACUGAGAACACUACAACAGAAUAAAACACAUUUGUGUUUUAAAAAAGUAAAACAUGUUUGGGUCCAUGAAAUCAGGCUCCUAGUCAUUGUCUGUGGAGCAGCUCUAGACUUUAUACCCUAUGACAUCAAGUCAACAAGUUUGAGACUUCCUUUUCUGGUUUCUGGCUCUGAGAGAAAGUAGCUCAUGUUCACAAAUAUUAAUUAAACCUUACUAGACCAUGGCAAUAACAUAUUUGAAUUCUAAAUGUAGGUGGUCUUCUCCUGUAAGGCCUCAAACCUCCCAUAGUGCCUCACUCUCUGUAGGAGCCAGUGUAACUCUCUUCAUUCUUAAAGAAAAUCUAACGCUGUGGAUAUGUAACUGUCCUGUCUUCAAAUAUAAGAUGACCCACACUAUUUAAAACAUUCAUUUCCAGAAUUAAUAUUAUUUGGGCCGAUACUGUAGUGAACAGUAAUAUAGCAGGAUGGACAGAGGUGGCAUAUGUGUCACUUUGGGGAAAAAAAUACAGACUGAUCUGACAGAUCUGACUUUGUGGAAAGCAGCAUGGGUCUUAAAUUCUGUAAAUACUGUGACAACGUGUCCAUUUUUGUAGUGUGUGAAAGUGUGUAUGAUGUUAAUUGUAAAUAGUUUUGGAAUCAAAGCAGCAUUUUGUCCUCCAGAGUAAGGCUUGUUGGUCCUUUUUAAUAAAAUUGUAAUGCUGGGAAA